CGUGAAGGUAGCGGUGGAAAGUGAACCUUGCUAUGAGCGCACAGUUUGGGCAUAAAACAAACUUUUUUUUGCUAAAUCGCGAGUUUAUUGAUUUCGGGGGAAUUUUUUGGAGUGUGGAAUAACAAGUUUCACCGGACCGGAGCAGUGGAAGUGUUGAUUUCGGAGUGAAAUUUACAAGUUGAACCGGGCGGAACGAUUAUGGCGUGGUCACGGUAUCUACGAAUAAAACAACAGUGGAUUAAAGAGUUUCUCGCCGAGUUUCUGGGAACAUUUCUGCUAAUGUUGUUUGGAGAUGGCAACGUAGCCCAGAGCGUGCUAAGCGGGAAAGAGUACGGGGAGUUUCUCUCUAUCAACCUAGGAUGGUUUGUUGCCGUCACAAUGGGUGUAUAUGCAUCGGCGGGAGUUUCAGGAGGACACAUCAACCCUGCUGUCUCGUUGGCCCUGGCUGUGGUCGGUAAAUUCAGCUGGAAGAAAGUUCCACACUACAUUGUGGCACAGAUGCUUGGGUCAUUCGCAGCUUCAGCUGCUCUCUAUGGCGUGUAUCUGGACGCAUUGAAUGAUUUCGAUGGUGGUGUCAGACAGGUACUGGGCGAGAACGGUACAGCCGGUAUAUGGGCGACCUACCCAAAGCCUUUCCUCAGUUUGCAGACGGGUCUUGGUGAUCAGAUUCUCGGCACCGGUUUGCUUGUGUGCUGCGUCUUGGCCGUCACUGAUAAACGCAACGACGGAGCACCGAAGGGUAUGACGGCCUUGAUGGUGGGGUUAUCGGUGCUAGGCAUCGGCUUGGCAUUCGGGUACAACUGCGGCUACGCCAUCAACCCGGCCCGUGACUUGGCACCGAGGCUGUUCACGUACAUCGCUGGAUGGGGGGUGGAGGUUUGGGUACCCAAUGGAAUACAUUGGUGGUGGGUUCCUAUAGUUGGGCCCUGCCUCGGGGCAAUAGCGGGCGCUCUGACCUACAUGCUCUGUGUGGAACUCCAUCAUACACCGGAGGAUGAAAAACCGAUGACUGAGCUGGACGAAGAUUAUGCUAUGUCUAACGUCUCGAUGAAGCAGAGGGACAGCGAGGUCGCGUACAACAACCCGAUGUAACUGAAGACAUCGGCAACGGUACGUGGGCGUGUACAAGUGGUGUUAUCUAUCACACCCGGGAGUGUUAACCAAGUGUAUUGGCAGUGUACAAUUUCUAUAACCUAUGAUAAACUAGAUUGUACUUUAUUAUAAAAAUGGUGUAGUGUAGAUAAUAGACCUUUCAUGUGUUAACUUUAUUAUCGAAACUGUGUUGUGUGUUUAGGAGUUUUGGAUUCAUGAAGUGCAGGCACAUGACAUCUUUGGUCAUAGACCAGUCUUCUCACUCGGUGUAUCCCAACAUAAUUUAUGCAUGGACUCAAUGAUUAAAGAUACAACACCAUUGCGUGCUUUCAGAUGUAUUUAAAAUAAUGAAAUACUUUAGCCCUGAAGCAUUUU